AUGGACAUUGUAUCCUCAGUCGAGCGCAUCGUCAACCCGGAUGCAGAGAAUGCGCACGAACUUCUCCAGCAAUUACGCCUCACCUCGUCUCCUUCGGCAGCACAGAUCCACCAGGACAUCGAAAAACGUCUCCUUCUACCAAAUCAGUCACUCCCAAGCCACUGGCUACCGUCUUAUCAAGUACACUGGGAACACAAAAUAUCCGUACCAGAUCUUCUCAGAUCAGAACCUGCACCUGCACCAACCACCGUCGCCUUUGUUAGGGCCGGGUUAGAUGGGCAUGUCACAGGAUAUACAGAGGCACCUUCGACAAGGCUCGCAAGCGGCUUAACUUCCAUAUCACUCAAUCGAGCGCCUGGCCCUAGCAAGAAUUUUGUUCGAGGAAAAUCGGGAUUUGUGCCAUUCUGGCCUGGAGGUCUCGAUUCUGGCUCAGUCGACUCUAAUAAUGGCCCAAAGGUUGUCAAGGACAUAAAGGGUCUUCGGACAGUCGCACCAGGGUUGUCUCGUGGUUUGCGUCUUCCAGGGGAUCCCGUUGAAGAUACAGAACUCGUGGCUAUCAGCAAUGAUGGGAUGGAUGCAUCUGAGGAACAAGAGGACGAGAUUCCUCCGCCAGGACCACCACUCGAUGAAGAUCAAGGUACCUCAUUGGAUCAGAGCAAAGACGUCGACGAUCUUCUUCCAGCUUCGCGAUCCAACCUUCGGCCAGUUGGAGCUCCUCGGAAAAAAAGACGUCAAAUCGUUCAAAAGCGCGACUGGGCUCAUGUCAUUGAUGUCAACACUCCUUUACACAAUUUCCAUGAGCUCGUGCCCGAGAUGGCACACAAGUAUCCGUUCGAGCUGGACACCUUUCAAAAGCAGGCUGUCUACCAUCUCGAAAUGGGAAACUCUGUAUUUGUGGCUGCACAUACGUCAGCUGGCAAGACAGUUGUUGCCGAAUAUGCCAUCGCGUUGGCAGAAAAGCAUAUGACACGGGCUAUUUACACCUCUCCAAUCAAGGCACUUUCGAACCAGAAGUUCCGAGACUUCAAACAGACUUUCUCUUCCUCUUCGGUAGGAAUUUUGACCGGAGAUGUACAGAUCAAUCCUGAAGCAAGCUGCUUAAUCAUGACGACGGAGAUCCUGCGUAGCAUGCUCUACAAAGGAGCUGAUCUCAUCCGAGACGUCGAAUUCGUGAUCUUCGACGAAGUCCACUAUGUAAAUGAUGCCGAGCGAGGUGUCGUAUGGGAGGAAGUAAUUAUCAUGCUUCCGGAUCACGUCAACAUCAUUCUUCUGUCUGCAACUGUUCCAAAUACCAAAGAAUUUGCGGAUUGGGUAGGGCGAACAAAAAAGAAAGAUAUAUACGUUAUAUCUACGCCACAGCGACCGGUUCCUCUCGAGCACUACCUAUAUGCUGGCCGCGAGAUAUACAAAAUCGUGGACGCUGGUAGGAACUUCCUUGGCCAAGGUUAUAAGGAAGCCGGAGAAGCAGUAAGACGCAAACAAGACAAAGAGCGGGAAGCCGCCGGAUUGCCCCCGGUGCAGCGGGUUGGUGCUCGCGGAGCCCAGCGGGGACAGCAGCGAGGAGGUCCUGCGGCUCGAGGUGGCCGAGGAGCACCUGUUCCCGCCCGAGGUAGCUAUGGAGGCUCAUCCCAGCGAACUAUCCAUACCGCCGAAGACAAGAAUCUCUAUGUUCACCUCCUAGGUCAUUUACGCAAGAAGUCGCUUCUUCCUGUGGUCGUUUUCACCUUCUCGAAGAAGAGAUGCGAAGAGAAUGCUGCCACGUUGACGAACGCCGACUUAUGCACAUCCGUCGAGAAAAGCGAGGUGCACAUUGCUAUCGAGAAGGCACUCUCGAGAUUAAAGGGCUCGGAUAGAAAACUCCCUCAAAUAGCUCGUACUCGCGAUUUGCUUUCCCGUGGUAUAGGUAUACACCAUGGAGGCCUACUACCUCUCGUGAAAGAGUUGGUGGAAAUCUUGUUUGCCCGUGGAUUGGUGAAGAUUUUAUUCGCGACAGAAACAUUUGCCAUGGGUGUCAACAUGCCAGCAAGAUCUGUUGUUUUUUCUCAUAUACGCAAGCACGACGGCCGCAACUUUCGUGAAAUAUUGCCUGGAGAAUACACACAAAUGGCUGGCAGAGCGGGCAGGCGUGGCCUAGAUCCAACUGGGACAGUCAUUGUUGUGACUAAUGAUUCUCUUCCUGAGCAAAUCACUCUGCAUACAAUGAUCCUCGGAACUCCUGGGAAGCUAUCCUCGCAGUUCAGAUUGACAUACAACAUGAUUCUCAACUUGCUCCGCGUCGAGGCUUUGAGGGUAGAGGAGAUGAUUAAGCGAAGCUUUUCGGAGAAUGCGUCCCAGCGACUGUUACCUGAACAACAGAAAAAAGUCAUCGAAAGCGAAAAACAACUCACCUCAUUGCCUAAACUUCAAUGUGAUGUCUGCCUGCCAGACAUCGAAACUCAAUAUGAUGAAAUAUCGGACAUAACGCGAAAGAACCAGGACUUAUACGAGAUAACGAUUGCGCAACGCCAAGCAUCGAAAACGUUUUUUCCUGGCCGCGUUGUCGUCCUGAGGGAUGGGCACUUCAGACACAACAACAUUGCUGUUCUGUUGAAGGCGGCCCCUGUUCCGACUCUCGACUCUGGGGUUUUGGCUAAAGGGAGGACAUACUUUGUCUUGGCUUGGGUGCACCCAGAUACCAAGAGCAAGAAACAAGAUAUCGAAGCACAAGUAGUGCCACCUAUGUGGCCGAUAUCGCCAACUUCGCUGAUUGUGGAGAACGGCGUCUAUGAGCUCACAGCUGUGCCACUAAGCAGCAUUGCCAUCGUCACAGCAAAGACAAUCAAGAUUCAAGUCAAUGAUAUUGUCGACAGACAUCUUAUUUCGCGCAUGCGAGAGGCGAUAGCAUCUCUUGAAUCCAUCGCUGGAGAGUUUUCAAGUACAGGAUCAAUUCUCGAAGUAGAUUGGAGCCACAUACGCUCUUUCGAAUUCCAAGAAAUCCUCAAAUCUCGUAACUCUCUAAUAAAGAGAAUAAACAAUAAGCAAUGCAUUAUAUGCCCCGACUACUCUGACCAUUUCCAAGUCAUGCAUAGUCAGAAAGUCUUAAAGGCCAACAUUGCAUACCUGAAGCUUGCCAUAUCUGAUCAAAAUCUUGAACUCAUCCCUGAUUACGAACAACGGAUCGCGGUCUUGCGAGAUCUCAGAUUCAUAGACGAAAAUUCAACAGUUCUUCUCAAAGGCAGAGUUGCUUGUGAGAUCAAUUCCGCAAACGAGCUGAUCCUGACCGAGUUAAUAUUGGAAAAUGCUUUGGCGGGAUAUGAACCUGAAGAAGUCGUGGCUUUGCUUUCCUGUUUCGUUUUCCAAGAGAAGACCGAUGUUGAGCCAGUGCUCUCACCGAAGCUUGAAGUAGGGCGGGAUGCAAUUCUUGCCAUCAGUGACCGGGUCGGGCGCAUACAAGAUCUGCAUAAGGUUGCAUCCGAGGAUUUCAGAUCAAGCCUCAAGUUUGGUCUCGUAGAAGUAGUGUACGAGUGGGCUAAGGGCAUGCCCUUCGAACAAAUCACGAACCUGACGGACGUCGCAGAAGGAACCAUAGUCCGGGUGAUUACUCGCCUAGAUGAAACAUGCAGAGAAGUCAGAGAUGCGGCUCGUGUAAUAGGCGACGCAGAAUUGUUCAAGAAGAUGGAGGAAUCCCAAAUCAAAAUUAAACGGGACAUCGUGUUUGCUGCGAGUUUGUACUUCUAA